AUGGGUUCUCAAACGAUUACGGCAAACUCCGCUACACAGUUUGUUGUUGCCGCUGGGACUACGCUGACGCCUGGUGGUGUGGUCACUGUUGGCGGCACGACGUACAGCCUUGCUUCUGGCGCAACCGCCGUUGUGGUCAAUGGAGUGACUUCCACCCUCAGCCAGGCCAUUGCUCCAGGCCAGACACUCACUCCAGGCGGUGUAGUGACCGUAAGCGGCACGACUAUCAGCUUGGCUAGCGGUGGAAGUACGUUCGUCAUCAACGGUGUAACUUCGACACGCGCCACAAGCCAGCAGACUCCAGGCGCAGCUGCUACCAUUCCACUUCUCACUGUCGGCUCGCAGACAUUCACU